AUCUGCAACGAUCUUGACAGCACACGUGUGCAGCACAGUGCAAGUGUUAUUUUAAACUUGCCGCUGCGUGUAUUGGAUCCAAAACCUGCAAAUGCCAUGAAAGCGGAGGAGGAGGACGGGGCGGAGGAGUUACGGGAGGCUCAGGGGGAGGUGGCGGUGAAGGCGGUGGUGGACGAGGAAAGGGCGGAGGCAGGCAAUGAUAAUGGCUGCGUAGGAGAGAGCGGAUCUAACAAAUCUAAUGAUAACGAAUAUUCCGAGUCCAGCAACAAGGGUCACGGGGGAUCUAACAAAUCUACCGAGUCUAGCAACAACGGUCGCGGGGGAUAUAACGAGUCUACCGAGUCUAGCGACAAGGGUCACGGGGGAUCUAACAAACCUACCGAGUCUAGCGACAGUGAUUGCGGGGGAUCUAACAAACCUACCGAGUCUAGCAACAACGGUCGCGGGGGAUAUAACGAGUCUACCGAGUCUAGCGACAAGGGUCACGGGGGAUCUAACAAACCUACUGAGUCUAGCAACAAGGGUCACGGGGGAUCUAACAAACCUACCGAGUCUAGCAACAAGGGUCACGGGGGAUCUAACAAACCUACCGAGUCUAGCAACAAGGGUCACGGGGGAUCUAACAAACCUACCGAGUCUAGCAACAAGGGUCACGGGGGAUCUAACAAACCUACCGAGUCUAGCAACAAGGGUCACGGGGGAUCUAACAAACCUACCGAGUCUAGCAACAAGGGUCACGGGGGAUCUAACAAACCUACCGAGUCUAGCAACAAGGGUCACGGGGGAUCUAACAAACCUACCGAGUCUAGCAACAAGGGUCACGGGGGAUCUAACAAACCUACCGAGUCUAGCAACAAGGGUCACGUGGGAUCUAACAAACCUACCGAGUCUAGCAACAAGGGUCACGGGGGGUCUAACAAACCUACCGAGUCUAGCAACAAGGGUCACGGGGGAUCUAACAUACCUACCGAGUCUAGCAACAAGGGUCACGGGGGAUCUAACAAACCUACCGAGUCUAGCAACAAGGGUCACGGGGGAUCUAACAAACCUACCGAGUCUAGCAACAAGGGUCACGGGGGAUCUAACAAACCUACCGAGUCUAGCAACAAGGGUCACGUGGGAUCUAACAAACCUACCGAGUCUAGCAACAAGGGUCACGGGGGGUCUAACAAACCUACCGAGUCUAGCAACAAGGGUCACGGGGGAUCUAACAUACCUACCGAGUCUAGCAACAAGGGUCACGGGGGAUCUAACAAACCUACCGAGUCUAGCAACAAGGGUCACGGGGGAUCUAACAAACCUACCGAGUCUAGCAACAAGGGUCACGGGGGAUCUAACAAACCUACCGAGUCUAGCAACAAGGGUCACGGGGGAUCUAACAAACCUACCGAGUCUAGCAACAAGGGUCACGGGGGAUCUAACAAACCUACCGAGUCUAGCGACAAGGGUCACGGGGGAGCUAACAAACCUACUGAGUCUAGCAACAAGGGUCACGGGGGAGCUAACAAACCUACUGAGUCUAGCAACAAGGGUCACGGGGGAUCUAACAAACCUACCGAGUCUAGCGACAAGGGUCACGGGGGAUCUAACAAACCUACCGAGUCUAGCGACAAGGGUCACGGGGGAUCUAACAAACCUACCGAGUCUAGCAACAAGGGUCACGGGGGAUCUAACAAACCUACCGAGUCUAGCAACAAGGGUCACGGGGGAUCUAACAAACCUACCGAGUCUAGCGACAGUGAUUGCGGGGGAUCUAACAAACCUACCGAGUCUAGUGACAAGGGUCACGGGGGAUCUAACAAACCUACCGAGUCUAGCAACAAGGGUCACGGGGGAUCUAACAAACCUACCGAGUCUAGCAACAAGGGUCACGGGGGAUCUAACAAACCUACCGAGUCUAGCGACAAGGGUCACGGGGGAUCUAACAAAUCUACCGAGUCUAGCGACAAGGGUCACGGGGGAUCUAACAAAUCUACCGAGUCUAGCGACAGCGAUUGCGGGGGAUCUAACGAACCUACCGAGUCUAGCGAUAAGGGUCACGGGGGAUCUAACAAACCUACCGAGUCUAGCGACAGUGAUUGCGGGAGAUCUAACAAAUCUACCGAGUCUAGCAACAAGGGUCACGGGGGAUCUAACAACUCUGAUGUUGAUUCUAACAACAGCUCAAAGCAGGGAUCUAACUCCGGCAGCAGUAAUGGUAACGAUUCAAGCCAAUCAGCCUCUGAGUGCGACGGCAGCGACAGCAGCGGCAGCAGCGAAUACCUAAGGAAACUCGACCAAAGCGGCAAAUACAGCAAAGGCUCCGAAGAGAAUGCUCAAUUAAAAAGCAGCUCCGGAAGCGGAAAAUCCAUUGUAAACAAAAAUGGAAGCUCAUCUGAUAAAUACAAAUUCAACAACAAUCAGCAAAGCAGCGACAAAAAGGCUUCAGAGAGUGGAGAAAAUCGCUCCAGCGAUUUGGUGUACAAGAAAGUGUCAUCUAACGAUGAUGAUUGUUAG